AUGAGAGAAUCCGAUCUGAGAUCAGUGGAGUGUCUGAUGCUGUAAACAAACGCGGAGGAUCCGGUACUCGGACGAUAUUUAUGAAAUAUAAAGGAUGGAAAUAAGGCCUCCGAGUUUCACACACAAGUAUGUUUUAUUGUGUGUCUUCGCAGUGUUUGUUUACGCUGGUGUGUGUGGUGUGUCAGCGAUAGACGUGUUCACUCCAGAAGAGGUGUUUGUGGAGAACGGGACCACAGUCACUCUGUCCUGCAGCUUCAAGUCUAGAGAAGUGAUCAGUAGUUCAGCGUCAGUGACGUGGGCUUUCCUUCCGGAGGGAGAAACCGGAGCGUCCACUUCAAUCUUCUAUUACACUGCUGGGAAGUCGUUUCCGGGCUCGGUGCCGCAGUUUAAGUCUCGUGUGGAGUGGGCCGGAGACAUGAACAAGAAGGACGUGUCGAUCCGUGUGAUCCAGAUGCAGUUCAAGGACAACGGGACGUUCAGCUGCGACGUGAAGAAUCCUCCAGACAUCUCCGGACAGAUGUCCACCACUAAAGUCAGUGUGGUGAUGAAAGAAGCUCUUCCUCAGACCAGCACAGCAGUGAUCGUGGGGGGGGUGAUCGGAGCCGUGAUCGGCAUCAUCAUCAUCGCUGUGGUCACCUACCUGAUCAUCAGACGACAGGAGUCCAGUCACGACUACAGAGACUGCACCUCGUUAGAGAGUGUGAGCUCACAGAACACUAGGGUGGGAAAGAAAGCGGAGUCUAGCAACGACAACUCACUCUGCUCCAGCCCCUCCGCCCCCAUACAGGGGCCAGUGAUUUACGCCCAGCUGGAUCACUCCGGCAGCAAGAACUCCUUCCACAAGAUGGAGCCGGUGGUGUACGCAGACAUCCGCAAGAACUAGAGCGCCUCGGGUCAGACGGGUCAGAAGGGGGGGUUAGUACUGGACUGGUGAUGGCACGUGACCACAGACUCUUUCUUCUGCUUCUGUGUGUGUUUUCAUGUCAGUGUUAAUGUGAGUUUCUAGACUAAUAUCUCUCUCCUCGUGUCUCACCACUCUAACUAAAUACACUUUACCUAGAGAAGAUGUUACACAUUUUUAUAGGAUUAUGAUAUGAUCAACACAAACGUCUCUUGACUGGAGUACCGCACUCUUUUACUGCAUCACAUUCAAAAAUACUGUUAUUUAAAUCAUCAUUCUACCAUGAUUUAUGAAUACUUUGGCAUUUCAUAAUAUAUUUUGCUUAAAUAU